CUCAUCAUUAGAUUUUUCAAUAAACAACAUUUACAAACUUUUCUAAUUUCUCUUUUAAAACGAAUAAAAAUUUAAAGUGUUUAAAAAACUUAUUGAAAAGCAUCGAUCAGCUAUUCGCAGAAUGGCCUGGCGAUCCGUUGGUUCUGACAAUGCUGAUCUGAUAAGAAAGAUGAGAGAAUUUGGGAUUAUUGCCUCUGAAAGUGUGGCUCAAGCAAUGAUUAAAACUGAUCGAAAGUAUUAUUCCCCACGAAACCCCUACAUGGAUGCACCACAAUCAAUUGGAUAUGGCGUCACAAUAUCAGCUCCUCAUAUGCACGCAUUCGCUUUAGAAUAUCUUCGUGACCAUCUAAGUCCUGGUGCCCGUAUUCUCGAUGUUGGCAGUGGGUCAGGAUAUUUAACGGCUUGCUUUCUGCGAUAUAUCGAUGAAAAAGGAGACGAUCCCAAUACAAGAGUUGUAGGCAUUGAGCACCAGCCAGAACUUGUACAGCAAAGUGUAAAAAAUCUCAAUACAGAUGAUCCGAAAAUGCUAGAUUCGGGAAAGCUUAUUAUUGUUGAGGGUGAUGGUCGUAAAGGUAUGCCAGAACAUGCUCCAUAUGAUGCUAUUCACGUAGGUGCUGCUGCAGCUGUGACACCAAUUCCUCUUUUGGAGCAGUUGGCCAAUGGAGGACGGUUGAUUGUUCCUGUUGGACCGGAAGGUGGUGAUCAAUAUAUGACUCAAUAUGAUAAAGAUAGCGAGGGAAAAAUUAAGGAAACACGUCUUAUGGGUGUUAUGUAUGUGCCGUUAACAGAUUUGCAUCGAUCUUGACGAGCAUUAGCUAUAAAAGUUGUCAUCGUUUGGGUAAUAGUGGGCUUGAUCAUGCUUAAAAUUUUCAUGAAGCUACCAUCUGAAGACAGAGUUUAAUUUAUAGUAUAGAUAACUAUGUUUAUUUUAAACAGAAAACAUUGUGAGAGGCUUAAUUAUUAUUGCAUGAAAAAAUAUUAAAAAAAAAAUUAUACGUUAAUUCAGCUUAAAAA